GUCUGCUCUGCAAUGUGCUGCUCUGCAAAGUUCCUUCUAUGGUCCCGUGUUCAAUACGUCAUCAACGUGCGACCAAGAAAACGACCGCCAAAGUUAGAUAGCCGAAGCUUGGACAACGUCGAAAAAAAUAAAAAAGGGAUGCGGACCCGGGGCAAAAAGAAAACCGAGGGCAUGAACACAUUGGAGGAGAUACCUGUCAUUAGUGGUUCCGCCAUGGUACCUACUGCACAGCUGGGACUUAAGCAAAAAUCCAAUGAGUUGGAAAUGUUGAAGCUGAGGUUAGAGUGGCAAAAGGAGAAGAUUGCUGAGCUGACCAAGGAGAGAGACUAUCUCAAAGACCAGUUGGCAUCAGCUCUCAAAAAGGAUGACAAAGGUUCCAUCAAGGAAAUAAACUUGUCUUCAGAUUCUUCUGGUGACAGCCCAGUGGAAUCUUCCUCUGAUAUGUCUGAUUCCUCCUCGUCCUCAUCAGAGGAGGAAAAGAUAAAAAAGAGAAAGAAGAAGGGAAAAGGGAAAAAAUAUAGGAAGAAGUCAAAGAAAGUCGAACCAAAGACACGGCAGAGAGCCCAAACUCCAGAGCAGGUGGUGGACCGGUACAAAAGAAUUCUUAGACAGUUCAGUAAAGGAGGGACCAUGUCUGCUGCUUUCAAGCAUGUUGGAGUGGACAGGAACACGGUGGUGGUCAAUGCUCCAAUCGCAGAGCUGUUCAUUGCUGCGCCUGGCAAGUACAAGGAACUCCUUAAAAACCACAAUAAUGUGAAGAAACUCAGCGUGUUUGCAACACAGUGUGCCACUGCUAUUCAGGAGGACCAAGGAAUAGAGGACACAAUCACAGCCUAUAAGGCUUCUGGAAAGCUUCUGCCCCUAAAAAAAAAGUGAGCUCUGAUGCUGGGGUAGGAGAGCUGACAUGGGUUUCACAUCUAUUCUAAAGUUGUUUUAGUUGUUACAUUUUGACAUUGAAAGAUUUUAUAUUAUUAUUUUAUGAAGAUUUUAUUUGUCACCUCUACUGGUAAAUUUGUAUUCAGCCAUGGGUGUUUAUCCUUGAAAGAAAUGUAUUCAA